AUGACCUCGCUGGCAAGGUUUCCGUCAAGACUGAUGGCUAGCCCAAAGCCGGGCGUCGCCUCCCAGAGGCUCGCCUCGCUUGGUCGCCAAUUGUCUACAACUCCGCCAAGGGCUUUCGAGGUGAAGAAACUUGGUGUCAUCGGAGCUGGACAGAUGGGUCUCGGAAUCGCCCUUGUAGCUGCUCAGAAGGCUCAAGUCCCGGUUACGCUGGUGGAUAACUCACAAACGUCCCUCGAUAAAGGCCUGGCAUUUGCAGACAAACUCCUCGCAAAAGACGUCUCAAAGCAAAAGAUUACAGAAGAAGUUGCAAAGGCCACAAGAGAUCGACUGAAGGUCACGACACAAUUAUCGGACCUUUCCGACGUGGACAUGGUCAUUGAAGCUGUACCGGAGAUUCCUUCUCUGAAGGAACAAAUCUUUGCGCAAUUGGCCCAAAUAUGCCCUCAACAUGCCAUCCUAGCCACGAAUACUUCAAGCAUCAGCAUCACCAAAAUUGCACGUGCAACUACUAAGGAUGCAACCGAUACAUCAGCCUCCUCGCGGGUAGUGUCAACGCACUUCAUGAACCCUGUCCCAGUACAAAAAGGUGUUGAAAUCAUCUCCGGCCUCCAAACCUCUCCUGAGACUCUCAAGGCUGCAGUGGCUUUUUGCGAAAAGAUGGGUAAAAUCUGCUCGGUCUCAGCCGACGUUCCAGGAUUUUUGGCAAAUAGGAUCUUGAUGCCUUAUAUCAAUGAAGCCAUUAUAUGCCUUGAGACGGGAGUCGGAAAAAGAGAGGAUAUCGACAACAUAAUGAAGAAUGGAACGAAUGUCCCCAUGGGCCCUCUGACUCUCGCCGACUUCAUUGGUCUUGAUACAUGCUUAGCAAUUAUGGAAACUCUCCACGUCGGGUUGGGGGACAGCAAGUACCGACCUAGUGUGCUCCUGCGGCAAUACGUCGAUGCGGGUUGGCUGGGCAAGAAGAGUGGCAGAGGCUUCUAUGAAUACAAAUGA